UGUAUGAUCAGUGAAACUUCGGAGCAGAUAAUACUGCAACGACAUCUUGAAGCAUGGCCCCUAUACGCCCGAAGCAGCGGCAGACGUCCGCGAAGAAAACCGCCAGCGGACGAGGCGCGCUUUUCGAAGACGAGUUCCGUACAACGAAAAAAGACAAGCGCACCAUCAAGCAUUCCACCUUCGUUUCCAAGAUCGAAAAGACCAAUCCCAAGCCUGCCAAGCGGAGACGUGCCUCAAAAAAGCUCGUCGCUAACCUGGACUCGUUGGCCGAUGCGCUACCAGAUGCUGAGGAGACGGAACAAAAUGGAGGCAACAGUCAGGUCAACAUCAUCAAGCAUAAAACGUUGAAAACUCGGCCGGGCGCGAUGAAGAGGAAGGAAAAGCUUGAAAAGAUUGAACGAGAUCGAUUCGUAAAGAACAUGGCUCAGUUGGCGGGCGUGGAAGCUGCAGCAGCAAAGUCAGACACCAAUGCGGAGCAGCCUUCGGUGUCGAACCGGUUCGCAGCGCUGAGGAACUUCAUCUCGCAGACGAUGGAGCAGCAGCCGGCGUUCAAGAAGUGAACUCCUACGGCUAUGUCCGAGAUUUUGCAUCU